UCACAGGGCAUUGGGAAGAAGGGCACAGGCAGAAAGUCAAGUGAAGAGAAACUUCUUCAGAUAUGAGCUGUAAUCUCCAAAUAGCUUUUUAGUAACUUUCGCAAUAAUUUUAUUUAUUUUACUAUUUCUUCUUAAGUAAUUGAGCAUUUUUUUUUUUUUUUAAGAUAACUUCAAUAAUGAAACUAAGUGUGGGGUUAUUUUUUGGAGGCUUCUUUGCGGCUCUAGGGGUUUUGCUUUUUUUGGUGGCAUUUGGAACUGAUUAUUGGCUUCUUGCUACAGAAAUAGGAAGGUGUUCAAAAGCACCUGAAGAUGCUGGGGGAGAGAAGGCCACUUUCCACCAUGAAGGUUUCUUCUGGAGGUGCUGGUUUAGUGGCAAUGUAGGAGAGAAUAAUGCCAGCAUGUGGAAUUUCUGGUAUACUAACCAGUCACCUUCCAAGAAUUGUACACAUGCUUACCUGUCACCAUUUCCUCUUAUCCGAGAUGAACACAACUCAACCUCCUAUGACUCUGCAAUCAUUUAUCGAGGUUUCUGGACAGUUUUUAUGCUCCUGGGAGUGGUCACUAUUGUGAUGGCUAGUUUCUUCAUCAUCUGUGCAGCUCCGUUUGCCAGCCACGUUCUGUACAAAGCAGGAGGAGGCUUUUUCAUCAUUGCUGGUGUCUUGUUUUCGCUGGUAGUCGUGAUGUAUGUCAUCUGGGUCCAGGCGAUGGCUGAUCUGGAAAACUACACAAACAUGAAAAAAAUGGAUUGCACAGACUUUUCUGUUUAUGUACGUUAUGGCUGGUCUUUUAUGUUGGCUCCUGUAGGAGUAUUUUUUGCUUUAUUAGCAGGAAUACUCUUCUUGUUGGUAGGGCGUGCCAUUUAUUUACACUCAGACUAGUUGUACGCUGCUGAAGGGAAUGCAGGAAUCCUAGUGAAACUUCAUGACAGUUGUAAACUGGAACACAGUUUUAUACAUUAUUACCAUCAUGGCAAUCCUAAGUGUGCAGACAGAUUUCUGGAAGUUCUUCUGUUACUUGUUUAAGGGUAAAGGACACAAAACUCUAUACAUGAAGAAACCACCUUAUGUCCCAAGUAUUCGUUUUUAAUUCUUUAGAAGGUACACAUGUGGUUCUCCAUAUUGUACCAUUAGCAGCAUUUUUGCAGUUUUGCAAACAGAGGAAGGCAAAAAUUUUCUGCAACCAAAAGCCCAAAAUGAAGUGGGCCAAAUCAACAUUUUAUACAUUUGUCUUUUAACAUUUACUUUGUGUUUCUGCUUGUGGAGAUUGGUAUAAGGUAAAGGAGAAAACAAACAUUCAAACACAGUAAUUCAAUCUACCUCCUCUCCUGUCUUCCACUACUUGCCUUAGGUUUAAUACAAGCAAACAUGUCUGCACUUUAUAAAAAUAGAGUGCAGUUGUUCAUGCAGCAUCCACGGGAAGAGGACGAGAGAGCAAAUUGCUGUGAACAGCGACCUGGUGCUAGUCCGUAUACGUAAAAGCUUAACUGCCUCCGUUACACGUUUCUCUUUUCUGUAUGCAUUUGAAAGCUGCAUAUUCUGUGUUCUGAAAUACAUGUCUGUUGCACGAUUCUGUAAGCCAAAAUACCGUAGUUAAAUCAGUAGCUGAAGUUAUGCUGAAAUUGUACUUUGAAUGAUAGCAUUAAUAUUUUAAUCAAGUUUUAACCCUUUUAUUUUUGAAUGGAAUAAUUGGCUGCUCCAACAAACAUUUUCCUGAUUGUGUAAAAUGACUUUUUUUAUUAAAAAAGGUUUACUAUGGAGACAGUAUCUAGGACAUGAAAAUGUAUGUUUUAUGUAGACUUAAUUUUCCCCAAUAUUAAAAAUCUGCACUGUAGACCAAA